GCGGGACUUCCGUCUAGCCUUGGUGUUGUCGUCCCCGCUCCAAUUCCGGCUGUGGGGGUCGGUGCGGAUAUUCAGUCAUGAAGUCAGGGUAGGGACUUCUCCCGCAGCGACGCGGUGGGCGAGCCUAUUUGUGUUGCGGGGUCGGGCUUCCAGGUGAUUUUACAGCGAGAUGCUGCUCUCCAUAGGGAUGCUCAUGCUGUCGGCUACACAAGUCUAUACCAUCUUGACUGUCCAGCUCUUUGCAUUCUUAAACCUACUACCUGUAGAAGCAGACAUUUUAGCAUAUAAUUUUGAAAAUGCAUCUCAGACAUUUGAUGACCUUCCAGCAAGAUUUGGUUAUAGACUUCCAGCUGAAGGUUUAAAGGGUUUUUUGAUUAAUUCAAAACCAGAGAAUGCCUGUGAACCCAUAGUGCCUCCACCACUAAAAGACAAUUCAUCUGGCACUUUCAUCGUGUUAAUUAGAAGACUUGAUUGUAAUUUUGAUGUAAAGGUUUUAAAUGCACAGAGAGCAGGAUACAAAGCAGCCAUAGUUCACAAUGUUGACUCUGAUGACCUCAUUAGCAUGGGAUCCAACGACAUAGAUAAUGUCAGAAUUGAGUUGAGUUCGGUGUUCCAAGGAAAGGGAACAGCAAGCAAAUGCAAAGACUACUUUUUGUUUUCUUCUAGGGGCCACAUUAUCUUAGUUCCUGAAUUUAGUCUUCCUCUGGAAUACUAUUUAAUCCCCUUCCUUAUCAUAGUGGGCAUCUGUCUCAUCUUGAUAGUCAUUUUCAUGAUCACAAAAUUCGUCCAGGACAGACAUAGAGCUAGAAGAAACAGACUUCGUAAAGAUCAGCUUAAGAAACUCCCUGUACAUAAAUUCAAAAAAGGAGAUGAGUAUGAUGUAUGUGCCAUUUGUUUGGAUGAAUAUGAAGAUGGAGACAAGCUCAGAAUCCUUCCUUGUUCCCAUGCUUACCACUGCAAGUGUGUAGACCCCUGGCUAACUAAAACCAAAAAAACCUGUCCCGUCUGCAAGCAAAAAGUUGUUCCUUCUCAAGGCGAUUCAGACUCUGACACAGACAGUAGUCAAGAAGAAAAUGAAGUGUCAGAACAUACCCCUUUACUUAGGCCUUUGGCUUCGGUCAGCACCCAGUCAUUUGGGGCUUUGUCGGAAUCCCGCUCACAUCAGAACAUGACAGAAUCUUCAGACUAUGAAGAAGAGGACAAUGAAGAUACCGACAGUAGUGACGCAGAAAACGAAAUUAACGCACACAGUGUUGUAGUCCAGCUGCAGCCUAAUGGUGAAAGGGAUUACAACAUAGCAAAUACUGUCUGACCUUCAGAGCGUGACUGGGUUAUCUGCUAAUAAAUGUUUAUUUAGAUAUAUAAUUUGAUUUUUUGUUUGCUCCCUUCAGAGAUUCCUGUAGAGAUGACUUAUUUUUUAGUAUUCUACAGUUCAAUCAGUUUACUGAAACAGGUUUUUUUGAUCAGGCAUUUAUCUGCAGGAGUGUACUUCAUUUCACUGGUAACUAGUAAUAGGCUGGUGCUGGAACUCAAGCGCCAAAUCAACUCUUCUUUUGGAAUGCAAUAUAGCCAAAACAUUAAAAAAAAAAUUCCUCAGUAUAGCUUGCAAUUAAGACCUAGAUCACAGUAUGCAAAUGUUUCGUGUUUUACACACAAGGUCAGCGCUGUGGCCACCUAGCAUGAGCUAAGCCAACUCCCAUUUGCAUAAAGUUUACCUAGAGUUGUUGAGUUGGAAUAUAUUUGUUCUGGUAUUUCCCUAAAUUGCCAUCACUCAUGGGAGGUGACAAUUUAGCAUUUUUCCUUCUAGCAGCACCACAAAGAAACUCAAAGCUGUCUUUUUCCUUCCUAUUCCCAAAUAGUCUUAACCUGAUAAGAAUGGUCUGUACUAGUGCAGAUUUCAUAGGUUUCUUUUUUUUUCCUCAAAGUUUUAAAUACUUUAGUGUUGUGUAUGAAUUUGAUUCAUCAGCUAAAGUGAAAUGUCUCUGGACUUUACUUACUGAAUUUCAGUAUCCUUAAAGGUUUUGUGUUAUGAUCAAAGCAAAAAGAAAAUGCUGUAUAAAAAUACCAAACUUCAGCAACUGUUAAUACUCAGAUCAUAUACCUCUUAACAAAGAGCAUCUUAUGCUAAUUAGCCCCGCAAAACUAUGUACAGAGGAAUUGUUCAAGUACUGGAUUUGAAAAUAAUUGCUUAUGUUUAACAGAACUAAUGAUGUAUUUAAACAAUGUAUUAUGAAAAGCUAAAUUAUAUUAUACAUCAUUGUAACUAUGUAGAAAAUAUAGACUUAAUGUAUAAUCAAAAUGCUAAGAAUUUUUAUAUGGCCUUGUAUGAAGGGAGUUUGAAUGUUAAUAAACACGUUUUCCACUUUAAGAA